AUGUCCAAAUCAUCCCAAACCCUGCUCACUAAAGAGACUAUCCUCACAGGUCGGCUUCUAGCCAGCAUGAUCCUUAAAUUCCGAGACAAGCGUUCUGUCGUCAGAAUCAGUAAGACCAAAAGCGUGCUUAAGGAAUACUCCAUGAAAGGCACUAAUUUCAAUCUGAAGAUGUACCAGUUGAAGAAAAUAUGAAAAAUAGCUAAGAACCUGGACAUAAAAAGACUUGUGCUCAAGUUCCCACUCAAGGGUCCUUGAUAUCAGAAGAUAUUCUCAAGGUUUUUAGAGAGUAGUUCUAUUAGGAGCAUCCAGGAUCUGGCCUGAAAUAGAACACACAGUAUAAUAUAGGGUUCAUUGACGAUAAGUUUCAUUACUUCGUCAACCUCAUGAGUAAGGUCAGAGGGACAAUACGUCUUAAGAAUUUGAUAAUUAAGAGAAAACAACUAGAAGCUAUUCUAGCCAGCCUCUCAAGCUGUACCAAAAUAGAGUUUACCAACUGUGAGUUAGGAGUUGAUGCAUCCUCAUCUGAACGGAUAAGAGUAUCUGGUUAUGUAUCAUCACCACUGAGAACGAUCAAGUUUACAUAUUGCACAAACCUCAACACAAGACUCUGUUUAAGCAAAGAUGAUUUUAAGGUUUUGCUCUCAGGACUAGUUAAAAGGAAUUACAAUGGGCCAUCCCAGAGUCAAAGUGAACAAGCAAUCACUUUAUGCUAUAAGGAUCUUAACAAGGUGAAAAUUGUAGAAUGAGGGAUCACUAGGGAAAAAGGAAAAGAUCUUUAUGAAGAGCUAAAUUCUCCUUUUCUUACAAUUUCAGGAGUUUACUUUCAGCAAAAAUGGAAAUUCUGAGAAAAAUCCUCAUGAUUUUUUAUUUAA